GCUUUGUUGUGGUUUCGCUUCACGCGCAGACUCAGAGACAGAGGAUUGGAGCGUGCACUGCGGGGGGUUGCAUUGCCAGGGGCAACCACUGCUGUCAAGUGCUCAACUUGAUCUCUCGCAGAACUGCAGCCAAGUGAGGGAUAAGAAGAAGAAGAAACUUAGAGAUAAUUCAAGCUUCAUCUUAUGAGGACGGUUUAACAGAGAUGACGGACAUACUGCGGCUGGUGUCAGAGGCGGACAGACGGACUUUACCGACUCUAUCUCAGCUCUCUGAAAACGAUAUCAACUGUAUUUGGGCUGAUGUGUCCACUUACAUUGAACGUCAGAUGACCUUAAAGAAAGGGGUUCACCUGGCAGGACUGGGCACCUUCACCUUCUCUCAGCAGAAGUUGGACAUUGGAAACAGAUUCACGAUGAUCCAGCGACCCAUCUUUAUCCUGGCGGGGAAACUAAUCCAGUCUCUGAGUUUAAAGCAGGUCAGGCCACUUGCUGCAGCAACACACCUACCCGUGGUUCAACUGAAUUUUGCAGCGGUGUCACAGGAGACUCCCUUCAGUCGAGACGUUGUCGAGGGCUGUGUCAGAGAAACUCUUCUGCUCCUCUGCAGAGCUUUGGCCUCUGAACAAAAUAUCUUCCUAACCUUACAAGGGAUCGGAGUUUUGUCCUUCAAGAACAACAAGGUGCGGAUGAAGUUCAACAGAGAUUUUAUUAACGCCAUGGAUGGGACCGGUAGGCUGCUGUUGGCAUUUAACUAUAGACCUGGGAGCAGUGUGUCUUUACUGUCCAGUAGACCGUCCGGGCUUCAGAGGCCACAGACGGCCAAUCCCAUCACCCUGCCAAGUGUUUGCGCUCCUCCACCAGACAACAGUGACAAAGAUCCAUGGGGCUGCUCGUCACCAGCUCCAGAACAGAGGAAUGCAGGAGAAGUUCCCCAACAGAGAGAUUCUAAAUCCUAUCAGCCACUGCAGCCUGCCCAGAUAAAAGCUGUCAGCCUGUCUGAAGAACUGAAUCCAAAACCCCCAACAGAGUCCACAGAGAAGCGCACUGCUUCCAUCUCACCACCAGAGGUCUCUCUCAAACCGGAGAAACCUCGUGUGAACGUCAGCUGCUCUGGCCACACCCGUGCUGGACAGGAGCUGUGCUACCUGUGUAUGCAGCGGGCUAAAAGAAAUGUUCCCGUCUACCUGAGGAAACAGCAGGAGGCAGAGGAGAAAGCUCAGGAGAAACUCUUACUGCUUCAAGAACAACAGAGAGACAAGCAGUUGAUGCAGGAAGAACAAGAAAGGCUGAAUGAGCAGCGUGAACACGCAAAGCAGGUUUCUACAUUCAACCUUCAAAGGAAUAAGGAGAAGAAAGAGAAAACUUUAUUUCCCCUCUUCCCUACUUCAUUCAUCUUCCCGGAUCGGCCCCUCACAGCCGCCAGGAGGAUUCAGCAGCAUUUUUACAUGAAUGACCUGCAGAACCAGAUAGAGAGCCGAAGGCAACACGAGGCUCUGGACCAGCAGAACCGUCUCCUCAUGGAGCAUCUGGACCAGGUUCAGCUGGUCCAGGAGCUAGCUUUGCAGAAGGCCCAGCAGCUCCAGCAGAAACAGGAGAGUACUACGCAUUACAAGAGGGCUCUGGACACUCAGGCAAGACACUCCUACACUUCCUAUUUUUUAACUUCCUGUGGAUUAUGUAUGUCAAAAUGUGCUUUUAAGUUGUUCAGAAGGCUGAAGGUCAAUGGAAGGCAGCAGAGUAGAGUUACCUCCCAUCCUGCCAGUCAAGGACACUAUGCAGACUGGCUGCCAGACGAACUCUUUAAGAUGUUUUCUCAUGUGUUUAUCCUCAAGCUACCGAAUACUUAUUCUUUAAGAAAUACUCAAUGUUUAUCUGUAUGCUUGCAGCUCUUUCAGGUAAAUUUCAGCACUGCCACUCAGAGGAAAAGAGACAAAGAGCACAAACGCCUCGAACAACUGGAGAAGGAAAAAAAAAUGCUCAAACAGAGUCAACUGGAGUUAAUGUUGGGCCGCAUCAAUCGUUUUGAGAGGCAGCAGGACAUAAGCAGGUGUCUAGAGGACGAGUGGAGUCGCAGUGUGAGGCUGAAACACCAGCGAGAAAAUGAGGAGAAGCGCUUUCUGAGAUCUGCUGGAGAGCUCCUGGUAGAUAAGCUUUCAGAGUACAGACGCUGCUGCCAGUGUCGGAGAAGGACAACAAACUGUGGAGAGACCAACAUCUGGAAAGACUCUCAUUACCUCUCUGGCUCUCAGUUCAUGAUCUGAUGAACAGUAGGGCCAACAGCAGCACAUAUACAUGUAUACAUACACAGUAUAUUCCACAUUAGUCAUGCAUUACUUAUGGUAUUCAACUUAUGCAGCAUUACAGGUAGAGCGAUAGCUUCCAUAGAUUUCAUGCAUACAGAUAAUGUAUUCUCUAGAUACUGUUUCUUUAUCAGUUAGACUUUGGAUCUCAUGUUUGUUUUGUCUAAUUUUGGCCAGAAUUAUUUUGGGUAUUCCCAGGAUGUCAUGUAACUAAUCACACAGACACACACACACACAGACACACACACACACACACACACACAGACACACACACACACACACACACACACACACACACACACUUGCCCUGACUUACCCAGACUUGCCCUGAUAAAUGAUUGACAGGGCUGCAGACUUUAUGAAGUGCUUCACUUACUCUGAGUGUGUCUUCAUCCACGGUUCUUACAGCUUUAGAUCCUGUAAGUAACAAUGAUUUGAUUGUACAUGUUCCCACACCCUCUAAAGUCAAACCCUGAGAUGAACUUAACCAAUAAAAAAAACUUGGCUGAGGAAUAGUUUCUUCAUACUGAUAGUCAAAGUCAGUUUUGUUUCAAUAUGUAACCUUUCUUUCUCCCUCAAGAACAAAACAUAAAUACCACUGAACUUGUUUGACCACACCUCCAUGACUGUUUUUACUGUCUGAUUGUUUCUUUGUUUUCUUACCUAUUAUUCUGUUACUCAAACUUUUCUCAUUUUCAAACUUUGUAUUGCAAAAUAAAAAGACAUGACUCUG